CAGAACGAAGUUUGUCGGGUCCUGAACCCACUGGACGCCGUCUGCAACAUGCCCCGGCCGGACGCGAUUUGCGUGAGCAACCUGCGAAGUGCCAAAAAGAUCGACAAAGCCGUCCUGACGGAGCGGCCGGACGUGAAGAUUUUCCUGCCCUUCCGGUUCUACUUCUACCGCGUGGAGGAGCUGUUCGCCGCCAACACGUACAACAAGUUUUUGGUUGCCCCCGGCGGCGAUCACCUGAUCUCGCUGAUCGAUGAAAUCUCCUACGUUUCGCCGCCCUCGCCGAUGCUGUCCCAGAUCGAGGACAUCCCGCCAGAGCAGUUCUGCAACGGUGACAACCGCCCGCCAGACUGUGGCCCCAACUGCAUGUGCACCCACACCGUGGACAUUCCGCUGAACGCGAUCGUCGAGGUGGUCCUGGUCGAUGAAGUUCAACAGGAUAAUCUGAGCCAUCCGUUCCAUCUGCAUGGGCACUCGUUCAACGUGAUCGGUAUGGGCCGGUCGCCGGACACCAACGUCAAGAAGAUCAACCUGAAGCACGCGCUGGACCUGGAUCGCCGUGGGCUGCUGCACCGGCAGUACAAUCUGCCCCCGCUCAAGGAUACCGUGGCGGUGCCGAACAACGGCUACGUCGUGAUGCGGUUUAGAGCCAACAAUCCAGGCUACUGGCUAUUCCACUGCCACUUCCAGUUCCACAUCCUGAUCGGUAUGAACCUCAUCGUCCACGUCGGUACCAAGUCCGAUCUGCCUCCGGUGCCACCCAACUUCCCGCGGUGCGGUAACCACAUACCUCCCAUCAAGUUUAACUAAGUUAGAGUAAAUACGCGAAAUUUUGCGUGAAUCGUUGCGAAGAAGUGGAAGCCAUUCCACCGAAAAAACGAAAACAAAGAUGGUCGACUUGAUUAGAAAAAAAACACACUCACACACUCUAACGCCAGAGAGCUAUUACAUAGUUUGAAAUUUCCGUGUAUUUUUUUGUUACUUUGUUUUGAUACGUAAGCGCUUUUUAGUCGUAAUUUAGAAGUUUUUUUUUUGUUCGUUUCGUUUAUUCUAAACUUUUGGCUAAACGUUUAGUUAGGGUAAACAAUGAAUGUUGUGCAGUUGGCGUAUACGUCAGCGGUGCCAUAAUGGCGGCCGCCAUAAUGAAAACGUGGUCACGCCACGUUUUUAUGGCGACUGUCGGAAAACAUCGCAAUCUGUUUAAACGAAAAGUUUGAGAUUCUCCGCAAAUCUUUACAACUCCCCUAUUUCCUAGUUAAUCUUAAACAAAAACAUUUACUCCCCCCGGAAGAAAAACAUAACCAAGGUAAUUGUAAGAAUCGGGAAAUGAAACUUUCUCAUCGAUAUAAAAAAAAUGUGGAGAAACGAGUCGUAGAAGAAGAAUAUGUAAGUCAAGCCAUGUUAAUGAAAUUUUAUAGACUACUAUAAACGCACCCAGCUUCGUAGAGCAACUUUCCAGUCUUGCGGAAGCAAAGGAAAGCUUCCAUUUGUAAACUUUUGUUUGCUAUAAAAACAAAAACCUUCUAGUAACCCUUUCCCCUUGUAUCACGCUCCAUCAUUGCAGAAAAAAAGCACUUACAUUUUACAUCCUUCGACAUCAUCCCCAAAACCAAUAGCAAUAUUCUCAUUUUAAGAUGUUAAUCUCUAAGAUAUUUAGUACGUUGUAGAUAACUGAUACCAAAAGACAAACACAGACGCGGACGAGUUUGGAGAUGUGUUCACAUGAUAAUCUUCCCAAACACAAGAGAUCAAGAUUAGAUCAGAAAAACAAGCAACAAUGUUGUCCGACUCAAUUGAAAAUUCAAACAGUUUGUGCAGCAUGAAAAGUGCAGCUCAAGCACUCCGACCCAAUAGAAAGCCAGAGAGAAAAUCCAGUCGAACGAGACACGUUAGGGAUUUAAUUGUAAUUUAUCUCAUCAGAUGAGGGGAUUCGUCCUCUUCAGUGAAGAUAAGAAGUCGUGUUUGUAUUUAUACUAGAGAUGGAUUUGCAAACAAAAACGAAAGAAAAUAAGUGUGAAUACCAAAACGAGAUCGUUGAAUCUUGAGAGU